UCUUAUAUCUUACAACACACACACACACACACACACACACACACACACACACACACACACACACACAGUUUUGUUGUUAUGUACUCAAGCAGUAGGUUGAAAAAGUUAAUACAGGUUACACGUCGUCUUCUUGUACAUUGGCGUGUGGGUGUGUGUGGUGUCACGUGAGGGAGGUAGGUGUGCUGUAAGCUGACAACCAGUUUGGAUCAGUGGCCGUGAGGACUCAUGGUGCCUUUGCCAUGGCUGCCGCCGCCGCCGCCGUCGCCACCGCGCCAGUGGAUUAUUCGCGUCUCAAGCUGCUAUGCAUCUUGGAGGGUCCGGGAGCAAUCGUGCUCUCACACGCCCUGAAAUGCGGCACAAACAAGACCACCUCUGUCACCCUCUUGGAUUACCUGACGAACCUCCCAGACAUCUCGACAGCCAACUACCGCAUGCUCAAUGAUAAGCAGAAGAGGGAUGUUUUUACCUCCCUUGAGAAAACUCAUAUGGCCAAUGACCCCUCGUGCCAAAGCUUUGAUAUAACACUGCUCCACAAGUGCAUAAAACAGGCCUGUGAAAAUGUUGCAGGACCCAAUGAUGCAUGCUGGCAAGAUGAUACAGCAAUGGAAGGUCUGAUCACUAAAAUAAAAGACGAGAGAAACAAGUGUGUACACCAUAGAACUCAAAUUACAGACGAACAACAUUUCAUGAAAAAAGUCAGUGACCACAAGAGCUUCUUCGACAGAGCUCUUCAGGCUAUCAAGGACAAGUACGGAGUCUCUGACGCUGAGACCACAAUCAUCAGAGACAACAUAACAAGGCAGAUACAAGAUAUAUUGCAGGCCUUUACUGAAAACGUCAUCUUAAAGAUGGAUCUUAAUAAACGGCUCUGUUUCUUUAAGAAAGAGUCAGUGAAUCAUCUGAGAAAUAUUUACAAACAGUUUGAAUAUUUUGACCCAUUGUCCUUCCUGAGUGGAUCCCAAGAAGAACGGGUUCACAUCCAGACUGUAUUCUCAAAACUUGUCCUUAAAGAACAAUCAAAAACCACUGAAAUUGACUGUUUGCGUCUCUUAAAAUUCUUAAAACCAAAGCCUGAGGACUCGCAGCUUCUGCAGCUCGUCCAGAACCAAAGGCCACAACUUGCUGUCGUGAGCGGGGUGGCCGGAAGUGGCAAGACCACCCUGCUCACUUUCAUCUUGUCAGAGUGGCUUAAAGAACAGUGUGACCGCAGCGUCAAGCACCUGGAGGAGUACGACAUUGUACUCCGAAUACUGUGCCGGGACAGAGAUGCCGAAGAUCUGGAGACAUUCCUGGACCUGGUCCUCCCGUCUAAUCUGUCAGUGUUUAAUGAGCCUCUCGUGAACUUUUUAAAACACUGUAAAGUGCUCUUCCUCAUUGAUGGGCUGGACGAGCUGAACAACACUUCUGAAAAGCUCGUCACUGAUAUUCUAAAUGUAUGCAAAUAUACCAGAAAUUUCUCAAUUCUCGUCACCUCAAGACCAGAACGAGUGUCUGAUUUCUUGGCCUGCACGCGACAGGACUAUAAACAGUGGCAGAUAUCUAUCGAAGGGAUUCAUUUCAGUAAGAGAAUGAAGUUUGCACUCCAGUACUGUACCUCUACAAACCAGGAUAGGUUGAAGGAGCUGAUAGCAAAAAGAAACAACACAAUAUUGUUCGAGCUCCCACUCAAUCUGAUAUUCCUGGUUACAUUAUUUGAAGACAAUCCUAAUUGCAUUAAGGAAAAUACUACCCAGUCCAGUUUGUAUACCAACAUCCACGAGUGGUGCACAGAAAAGCUGUGUCACAGAAUAUCCGUGGACCCUAUAUGGGGGAAGAAGAGGCCACAUACCCGCAACACAAGGAUAAAAAGAGUGUUGAAAGAGAUGUACCAAAUGGCGCUACAAGUCCUCCUGCAGGACAGACUGAGCCUCUCAGACGAGGACACCGAACGGCUGACCGAUUGCUGCGAGACAGAGGAUUUGCCAACCUACCAAGUCCUAGGAGCCUUCUUCACUCUGCGGUCGUCCGUCACCAAUAGAAUAGCCAAAAGAAAAUAUUACAUACCACACAAAGGACUGCUGGAGUACUAUGCAGCCCGACAUAUCAUUCAACGCCUUCAGGAUGGAUUGCUCUCAGAAUCAGGAGCUAUUAUGAGCCUGCUUCAGGGUGCCCAUCAUCCACAGACACAGCCUUUAGAUCUUAAAGGUCUGCGUAACCUGUUCUGGCACGUGGCAGGCCUCUUGAGUACACCAGGCGCGCCAAAACUUCCCGAGGCUAUAAAGGAAGCAGUAAACUUGCUUGCGGAGACUGGUGCAGAAUGGAAUGAAUGGCUAUCACUAGUGGAAGACACGUAUUUUAAUGAAUGCUUCCUGCAGGAUAUCGCUCAUCAUGUGAGAGAAAACCCUCCUCAUGACACUGUAACGAUAACAGACACAACAUUGGCCAGCAAUGCAGCACUACUUCCUUAUAUUCCUCCAAGGAAAGUGAUAUUAAAAAUGAAGAACGAAAAAGUUAAUGUGAAGAACAUUCAUGCACUGACUGGUCACAGCUGCAGUGAGUUGUAUCUGAAUCACCAUUUCAAACAUCCCGGCCAAGUGCCCGCUUCGGACGCCAUCCUAGACGCUCUACACGGGAGUCACCUCAUAAAGUUCCUGGGUCACCUGAGUGCUGGCUGCCUGCCGCUGCUCCCUCAAUCCCUUAGGAAACUUCAUCUGGCCCUACCUAGCAAUCAACACGCUGGCAGUCUCCUAGCAGCCCUCAACAGAACCAUCCCAUCUAAGGUGUAUUGCCUUAACAUACACGUCCCUAUGGCGAUGGUAACACCAGAGAUGCUUACAUCGCCACUGCCUGAUGUCCACAGGGUGAUUCUGGUCUUGUCUGACGUGGACAAAAGCGUGAUGAAGGAAGCUUGUCUAGUGGCGGUGGCUCUCCAUCCUAGAAAAAGAGGGUACGGUACCAUCACAUUUCCCCGCAGCAGGAUGAAGGCAGCAGAGUGGCGAAAUCUACUGCAUUACCUUGCUGCGGCUAGUGUCAGGGUGGAAACUAUUAACGUAUCAAAGGAAACUAUCACGAAGAAGGAGGAGAGAGAGCUGCAGGCCCUGGCUGAAAAUUUGCUGCAGUGUAGAUUUUGGAGGCACCAUGACACUGAUUUGUUCUCGGAAUGGAUUUAAAGAAGUUGAUCCUGUUGAUGAUGAUGACAAUGAUGAUGAUGAUGAUGAUGAUGAUGAUGAUGAUGAUAAUGAUGAAUAAGAUGAUAAUGAAGACGAGGGGAAGAACCAGAAGGACAAGGAGGACGAGGAGAAGGAGCGGAAAAAAAGAAAUCCUGGCUUUGGUACUGAUAUUCAGAGAUGUACAAGUGAUAAAAGGGUAUAAGAUCAGUAAGACUAAUAAUAAGUACCGAUAGCACACACAAAAAAUGUUUCUUCUUCUUCUUCUUCUUCUUCUUCUUCUUCUUCUUCUUCUUCUUCUUCUUCUUCUUCUUCUUUCUUCUUCUUCUUCUUCUACUUGUUCUUGUUGUUCUUGCUCUUUUUCUCCUUCUUUUCUCCUUCUUCUUCUUCUUCUUUUUCUUCUUCUUCUUCUCCUCUUUCUUCUUCUUCUUUUCCUUCUCCUUCUUCUCUUUCUCGUUCUCUUUUUCCUUCUUCUGCUUCUCCUUUUCCUUCUCCUCCUUUUCUUUCUCCUUCUUCUUUUCCUCCUUCUCCUUCUCCUUUUCUCCUUCUCCUUCUCCUCCAUCUUUUUAUUACACUUAUAAUAAUAAUUAGACAUUAUUAUUAUUAUUAUCUUAAAUAUUAUUAUUAUUACUAUUAUUAUUAUUAUUAUUAUUAUUAUUAUUAUUAUUAUUAUUAUUAUUAUUAUUAUUAUUAUCAUUAUUAUUAUUAUUACACUUAUUGUUAUUACAAUCAUCAUGAUUAUUAUGUGUUAUGUUUUUCAAACUGCAAUUAAAAGUUUAGUAGCUUUUCCAUUAUGUUCCAUUAAGCCAUAACUAUGUAAAAAAAUCUUAAUAUUGUGACGCAAUUGAAUAAUUUUAAGAGUUUUAGAUAAAAAAAAAAAGAGAGAGAAACUGUACAUUUAAGACUUAAAUAUUUGUUGUUGUUAGAGUUGAGAAUUUGUGUUUGUUUUGUUUACGUUAGAGAUAAGAUUUUAUUGGGAUGUUGUUAAGCUAAAUUACUUUUGAGAAUAAUUGCUUCUUAUGAUAAAAAAAAAAAAAACACUUUCUGUACACUUUUACACUAUAUUUUAAAUGAUAUAAAUGAUACGCUAUAUUAUAAA